CAUGGCACAGCCUAUAUGAGAUUACACAAACGCAUUAAGAUGUUUAACGUGGAAUAAUUUGAGCAUGAAAAGCUAAUAAAUCAGAGGACGAAAUGGCACAGGAUUGAAUUGAAUUGUAGUGUUCCUGCGCAUUUAGAUCUGUGCGCGCCCGUGUUUGCGUGCGUUCGUGCGUAUGUGUGUUUAAAAAAAGAGGGGGGAGUCACGUCGGUGACAUUUCCCAGCUCCAGCUCUGAUUGGCUCUUAUUUGAGGAAGCUCACGGGUUCUUUCAACUAAUAAGCGCCUCCCCAUCGCUCUAAAGGACAUUAUAAUGCAAGGGACCUCCUUUUUAACCACAAACCGAAUUUUCGUUCAUUUAGACGAUAUAUACUUUUUAAAUUGCCCCAAAGUUGUAGGAUUUUUUUUGGAGCGCAUUUCGCCCUGGAGCGGUACGCGAUGCUCUCUCACGCCGACCUCCUGGAUGCUCGGCUCGGUGAGUUAUCAUCACUAAACUCCGGCCCUAAACUCCAGUGGAUGAAGGAUGCUGCAGAGUUACUCGGACACCGAGAGGCUCUCAAGUGCAGGUUGGGAGGUGGGGUGCCAGACCAGGGGCAUCCGGGAGACAUGGCCCCUGGUUCUGACUCUGUAGAGGGAACCACUCUCCUCCCGGGAGAAGACAUCGCCACUGUGGGAUCCAACUCUGCCGGCAUGCCGGUGAACGGAAAGGAGCAGGAGAAGCAGCAGCAGCAGCAGCAACCGCAGCAGAGCUCCGGUCAGCCCGCCAGCCAGCAGAAACAGAAGCGGCACAGGACGCGUUUCACCCCGGCGCAGCUCAACGAACUGGAACGCAGUUUCGCCAAGACCCACUACCCUGACAUCUUUAUGAGGGAAGAACUGGCCCUGAGGAUCGGCCUGACUGAGUCCAGAGUUCAGGUCUGGUUUCAGAACAGACGCGCAAAGUGGAAGAAAAGGAAGAAGACCACCAAUGUUUUCCGCGCCCCGGGGACGCUGCUCCCAACACCGGGCCUGCCACAGUUCUCUGCCGCGGCCGCUAUGGAGAACAGCCUAUGUUCCUUCCACGCCAACGACUCUCGCUGGGCCACAGGGAUGCCGGGGGUCUCCCAGCUGCAGCUCCCACCGGCCCUGGGUCGCCAGCCAGGCAUGGCGCAAUCUCUGUCACAGUGCAGCCUGGGUCCAGGCCCACCACCAAACUCCAUGGGUCUCUCCAACGGUCUGUCCUCUAACGGCUCCGGUCUGCAGUCUCACCUCUACCAGACGCCUUUCCCCGGAAUGUCGGCCUCUCUCUCCGGCCCUACGAACGUAUCGGGCUCCCCGCAGCUGUGUAGUUCCCCGGACAGUGACAUGUGGAGAGGGACAAGCAUCGCGUCACUGCGGCGCAAAGCGCUGGAGCACACAGUGUCCAUGAGUUUCACUUAGUGACUUUUCACACCUGUCUCCUCCUAACUCCCUCUCCAAGCCCCACCAUGCGGCUCCUUUUUCGUUUUUAUUCCCUGUAUUUAUGAUCAGUAUAAGAGAACGAGCUAAUCAGGCCUGAAAUGUGAGAAAACGGAGACUGUACGUGACUUCAUCUAGACAUGUCAAAAAGAAAAGGACAACACUAACGGGCAAAGCUUGGGUUCGGGCUUAUUUAUCUUGUUAAUCGAAACGGAUUUUUAACAACUAUUGGUGAUAAACACUGCUGUAAUGAUCUCUAGACUAUAGGCCCCAGUUACAGAGCCAAACAAUCGUCGUAUUUGCGUUUUCAUUGCGUGCGUCUUUACGAACACAUGUUAUUGUGUUCAGGUGAAGUUGUGUUAUGUCAAACGGUUCUUUAUAAGAUUGGGUAUAAUAUUUUGGUAAUAGCCCGCUACACACGCACCAUACUGUAGGCGGGCCUAGUGAACUGCAGGCAUGCACUGUGCAUGUGGAUUUAGACGCCUGAAUAAGGAGAAAAUGGUGCCUACUCAGAUUGAACAGGAACUUUUGUUAGGCGACCUCAGUCUCUGCUGCAUGAGACAGGAGCGUAAAUAUGAGGAGGAAAAAAGAUACAAUAAUCUUUCAGUAAGUCUACUCUGUUUUAGGAUGUUUUGUGUAGAUAAAACAUUCUUGCUAUGUGCCCGCUGGUCUUUUUUGUGACAUGUUUUAACUUAUUGUAUGUGCUAUUACUUGACACAUUUCUUAAAUGUUGGAUCUUACAUCGAAAUGCACCACAUUGAAGGGUUUGUACCUAUUUAAAAUGAACAAACAAAUAAAAAUAAUUUUCAAGAAUGU